AUGAAACAACGAAUUAGCGCCCUCGAUCUUCAGAUCAUCACGUCGGAGCUCCGUAGUAUCGUUGACUACCGCCUUCAGAACAUCUACAAUGUGGUAAACUCAAACCGCCACUACGUGUUCAAAUUCUCCAUACCGGACCUGAAAAAGAACUUGGUGGUGGACUGUGGCGCCAAGCUCCACCUCACGGACUUUGCACGCUCGACCGAACUGACGCCAUCGAACUUUGUCACGAAGUUACGCAAACACUUGAAGACGAGACGCUUGUCGGGGUUGAGACAGGUCGGCAACGACCGGAUUCUCGUCCUAGAGUUCAGUGACGGGCUCUUCUACUUGGUGUUUGAGUUCUUUUCCGCGGGGAACAUCAUCUUGUUGGACCACACACGCAAGAUUUUGUCGUUACAGCGGUUGGUCGACGAGAAGGAGAAUAACGGCCGCUACGCCGUUAACAGCUAUUACACGAUGUUUGGCGACGAUUUGUUUGAGACCGAGUACACCUACGAGAAGAAGGUCUACACCGCGGAGGCAGUCCAGGCAUGGAUCGCCAGGGUCCCGGAGCAGCUCCAGGCGGAGCAACUCCAGGCGGAGCAGAGCCACUUCCACAAGAAGAAGAAGCAGUCCACCACUAUGACGAUUCAGAAGCUUGCGUUUGUCAACGCCGCUCACUUAUCCUCCGACUUGAUCAAGACGAAUUUGCAUGCCCAGGGGGUCAAUCCGUCGCUGAACUGCACGGAAGCCGAAUUGGAACCAGUCGUCCGGGCCUUGAACGAUGCCGAGGCGGAGUAUGUCCAUCUCAGCGGUGAAACCGUGAAGGAACUUACCGGAUUUAUUGUUGCGGUGGAAAACCCGCUCUUCAAUCCGGAGGCCGAGUCGAGCGUGAACACCAACGUCGAUCUUGAGUAUCUCUACGAGGAGUUCCAUCCGUUCAGACCGUCAGUAAAGGAUGCGAAGAAGAAGGUCCAGAUCAUCGAGGUUACGGGGUACAACAAAACUUUGGACAAGUUCUUCUCCACCAUCGAGUCGUCCAAGUACUCGCUCAAGAUUCAGCAGCAGGAGCAGCUCGCGGCCAAGCGUCUCCAGCAGGCGCGUUCGCAGAAGGACAACCAGGUCCAGGCACUUGUUUCUGUCCAGGAGAACAAUAUCCGCAAGGGUGAGGCCAUCACGUAUCACGCGGAGCAGGUUGAGGCGGCAAUGGGCGCAGUUCAGGCGUUACUCGACCAACAGAUGGACUGGAAACACAUUGAGAAAUUAAUCAAGGUCGAGCAGCAGCGGGGAAAUGCCGUGGCCAAGACGGUCAAGUCGCUAAACUUGCUAAAGAACAAGAUCGAGUUGCGCUUACCGGAUAUGGACGAGCUUGAGUUCGAGUCCGACUCGUCAUCCGAGUCCGACUCAGAUGGUGAAUCGAAGCCUAAAAAGGCCCAGCAAAAGCAAAUCACCGUCACCGUUGACCUUGGGCUCUCUGCGUUUGCCAACGCGCGCACGUACUUCGAUGCCAAGCGUACAGCCGAGGUGAAAAAGUCCAAGGUUGAAAAGUCUGCCACGCUUGCGCUCCGCUCCGCGGAGAGGAAGAUCCAAAUGGACUUGCGUAAGAAUCUCAAGCAGGAAACGGACGUGUUGAAGGCGAUUCGCACAAAGUACUGGUUUGAGAAGUUCUACUGGUUCGUCUCUAGCGAGGGGUAUUUGGUGGUGGCUGGUCGCGACGCGAUGCAGACCGACACUUUGCUCUCGCCGGAGAACUUUAACCCCGAGACGGAUGUGUUUGUCACGUGCGACCUCGACAACUCACUCAAGGUGGUGGUCAAGAACCCGUACACCAACUACACCCUUGCCCCCAGCACGCUCAUGCAAGCAGGGAUGUUGGCCAUUUCCACGUCGAAGGCGUGGGAGAACAAGAUUUGCACUUCUGCGUGGUGGGCCAAGGGAACGGACGUGUCGAAGUAUGACUUUGACGGUACGUUGUUGAAGCCUGGUAUGGUCAACGUGACUGCUGAAAAGCGUUACCUUCAGCCAUGUCUGUUGGUGAUGGGCUUUGGAUUCUUGUGGCUCGGGGAUGCAGAGGCGACACAGAAGUACCGGGAGUUGAGAUUGCAGCGGAUGCAGGAUGUUGGGUUAGAGCUUGUGCAAAUGAAGAAGGAAAAGAAGGAAAGGAAGAAGUUUGUGAGGGAAGAGAAGAAAGAGGAAGAGAAGAAAAAGGAGGAGAAGAAAGAGGUAGAGAGCGAAGUGAAGACAGAUGAUGAGUCUAUUACUGAAUCGAUUGCAUCUAUGGAUAUCAAAUCCCUGCCGUUGAAGAUGCCGAAGGUGGUGCGUGGGAAGAAGGCCAAGUUGAAGAAGAUUGCGACAAAGUAUGCUGACCAGGACGACGAGGAGAGACGGAUGCGGAUGCAGGUCUUGGGGGUCUUGAAGCAGGUGGAGCCAGAGAAGCAGGAGGAUGUGCCAAAAGGCAAUCCCAACCAUAAGAUUGACAAUGAGGCGAUGGUUAAGGUUCAAGAGACGCGCGCGAGACGCGAGCGCGAAUGGGCCGCACGCACAAGCGCGAAGCAAGAGGGUGCUGACGCGAACGAGGCUCUCCUCUCCGACAAUGAACUUUCUGACGACGAGCCACCAACGCAUUACCUCGAGAUUUUUGAUUCGCUCAUCGCCAAACCACAAUCGCAGGAUGUAUUGAUAGACGCGGUGCCAGUCUUUGCGCCGUGGCCCGCGUUACAGAAGUUAAAGUACAAGGUCAAGAUCCAGCCGGGCGCUUUGAAGAAGGGCAAGACCGUCGCAGAGGUCGCCAACUUCUUCAUGCAACGUGCGGUCGUUGCGUCUCCCGAGGAUCGUGGCAAAGACUUGGACGUUGACUGGCCUGAGGAGCACGAGUUAAUCAAGAGCAUGAAGGAUGUGGAUUUGAUCUUGCCUAUUAGCUGUGCUGGGAAGAUGAAGAUUGUCGCUUCGGGUGGGAAUACCGGGGGUAAUGGAAAUAUUGCCGGGUCCUACGGCACCAAGGAGGCCAAAAAUAAGAAGAGCAAGAAAAAGUAG